AAGGUGCGAGCGAGCCGGGCGCGGGGAGCACCGAGUGAGCGCGCCGGCUCUCCGGGCUCCGCGGGCGCGCGGGUGUCAGCUUGCAGCCGGGCUCCUCCCUCCGGCCCCCCUGCCCGGCCGCGCGGUCCCUCCCUCCUUCCCUUGCUCGCCCCUCCCCGGCGGGCCAGGCGCUGGGACGCCCCGACCGACCAGGCGGCGGCGGCGGCGGCGGCGGCGGCAGCGGGCGAGUUGGGGAGCCCCAGGCUCGGUGCUGCCGCAGACACCGGAGCCGAGUCGUCCCCGCCCCGGCCGGGCCGCGCCGGGCCCGCUUCCCGCGGGGCCACGCCCUGUCAAACUUUGUUGCUGCGGCAGCGAGCGGAGCCGAGCGGGCCGGCCAGCAGGAGGGAGGGGCGCCGGGCCGGGCCGGGCGCGGGCGGCCAGGGGCUCCAAGAAGCGGCGGCCCCGGCCCCGCGGCCCCACCAUGCCCCAGCUCGGUGGAGGCGGCGGCGGUGGCGGCGGCGGCGGGGGAGGCAGCGGCUCGGGCGCUGGCGCGGCCGGCGGAGGAGACGACCUCGGGGCGAACGACGAGCUGAUCCCCUUCCAGGACGAGGGGGGCGAGGAACAAGAGCCGAGCAGCGACAGCGCCUCGGCGCAGCGGGACCUGGACGAAGUCAAGUCAUCCUUGGUCAACGAGUCGGAGAACCAGAGCAGCAGCUCGGACUCGGAGGCGGAGAGGCGCCCGCAGCCCGUCCGGGACGCUUUCCAGAAGCCGCGAGACUAUUUCGCCGAAGUGAGAAGGCCCCAGGACGGCACGUUCUUCAAGGGCCCCCCGUACCCUGGGUACCCCUUCCUCAUGAUCCCGGACCUGAGCAGCCCGUACCUCUCCAACGGACCCCUGUCUCCGGGAGGAGCGCGCACGUACCUGCAGAUGAAAUGGCCCCUCCUCGAUGUGCCCUCCAGUGCCACAGUCAAGGACGCGAGGUCACCAUCUCCAGCACACUUGUCCAAUAAAGUUCCUGUCGUGCAGCACCCACAUCACAUGCACCCGUUGACCCCACUCAUCACCUACAGCAAUGACCACUUCUCCCCCGGCUCCCCCCCUGCACAUCUCUCCCCGGAUAUUGAUCCAAAGACAGGAAUCCCCCGGCCCCCACACCCAUCCGAGCUGUCACCGUAUUACCCACUGUCCCCGGGUGCUGUCGGACAGAUCCCCCAUCCCCUCGGCUGGCUCGUCCCACAGCAAGGACAGCCCAUGUACUCACUCCCUCCUGCCGGCUUCCGGCACCCUUACCCCGCCCUCGCCAUGAAUGCCUCCAUGUCCAGCCUGGUCUCCAGUCGGUUCUCCCCACACAUGGUGGCUCCCGCCCAUCCUGGCCUGCCCACCUCAGGGAUCCCCCACCCUGCCAUCGUCUCCCCCAUCGUCAAGCAGGAGCCAGCAGCCCCGAGCCUGAGCCCCGCGGUGAGCGUGAAGUCCCCUGUUACAGUGAAGAAGGAAGAGGAGAAGAAACCGCAUGUGAAGAAGCCUCUGAACGCCUUCAUGUUGUAUAUGAAGGAGAUGAGGGCCAAGGUGGUGGCCGAGUGUACCCUGAAGGAGAGCGCGGCCAUCAACCAGAUCCUGGGACGGAAGUGGCACAACUUAUCUCGAGAAGAACAAGCCAAGUACUAUGAGCUGGCCAGGAAGGAGCGGCAGCUUCACUCCCAGCUCUACCCGACCUGGUCGGCCCGGGACAACUACGGUAAGAAAAAGAAGAGGAAGCGAGAAAAGCAGCUGUCCCAGGCCCAGACGCAGCAGCAAGUCCAAGAGGCAGAGGGUGCCCUGGCCUCCAAGAGCAAGAAGCCGUGUGUCCAGUACCUGCCCCCGGAGAAGCCCUGUGACAGCCCAGCCUCCUCCCACGGCAGCAUGUUGGACUCCCCUGCCACCCCCUCGGCAGCCCUGGCCUCCCCAGCCGCCCCUGCUGCCACCCACUCCGAGCAGGCACAGCCCCUGUCCCUCACCACCAAGCCGGAGACCCGGGCCCAGCUGGCCCUGCACUCGGCUGCCUUCCUGUCGGCCAAGGCCGCAGCCACCUCCUCGGGCCCAAUGGGCAGCCAGCCUCCCCUCCUGUCCCGGCCCCUUCCGCUAGGGUCCAUGCCCACCACUCUGCUGACCUCUCCCCCGUCCUUCCCGGCCACACUCCAUGCCCACCAGACCCUGCCCGUGCUCCAGGCCCAGCCUCUCUCCUUGGUCACCAAGUCUGCCCAUUAAAGCUGUCCCCUACCCUGACUCCUGACCUGACCUAUGCAGGCUGUCAAGUGACUCAUCGAGUAGUAAUGAUUCA